GCAGUGUUAUUAGAAGCAGCAGCUGUUAGACUGUCACUCUUCAUCUGCACUUCGAAGAGACAUCUAGCAAUAUUAACUUACUUACAUCUAGAAAUAUCAACUUACUUACAUCUAUCAAUAUGGACUUAUCUACAUUUAAUACAAAAAAUUUAAUCACAAAAGUUCGAGCUAAACCAAGAUAUAGAAAUCACUCUAAUAGAAAGCCUUAUCAGAAGCCUAAAGAGCUCUCAGUUGUAGAUCCACAAUGGGAGGUUCUGGAUCCAAAACCAGAUAUUCACGCCCUAUAUAAGGAAUUUAAUGUCAAAUUCUUUAAAGGGAAAUUGCCUGAAGUUGACCUUAAAUGGAGCAACAGAGUCACUAAAGGUUCUGGGAUCACCAAGCGGACCACUACCGGAAAGUACAUAGUUCGCUUAUAUAAGCCUCUUCUUGAUUUAAGGCCAAGGAGUACUACAGUGGAAAUCCUCCUGCAUGAAAUGAUACAUGUAUAUCAGCUUACCAAUGGUAGAAAAGAUUGGGAGCAUGGACCGACCUUUCACUACCAUAAGAGGCGUAUUAAUAAACUGACUGGUGCAAAUAUUACGGCCUACCCUGAUUACGAGGAAGAAUAUGAUUUACUGAAGCGCCAUUGGUGGCAGUGCAAUGGCCCCUGUGGAGAAAUAGAAAGAAGAAUUAUGAACCGUCCUCCUUCUACCAAGGCACACAAGCGCAAAUGUGGAGGAAAAUUUAUCAAAAUUUCAGACCCUGAAGACAGUCCCUCAAAAAAGAGAAGGAAAGUCUAACCUACAGAGUUAUAGAGACAUAAUACAAAUUUUAGAAAAGCAAAUUUAAUGGGACCUACGUAUUCAACAAAAUAUGAAGACAACUUACGUAAACUAGAGCCCUGCAUGGGUCUGCAAAGCCGAGUUGGACCCUGACCCAUGACCCCGGCCUAGAGAUACUGUUAAUUUACUAGCCUAUAGAUUGAUUUGUCUUUGCCUGCAUCAGGCACUUGUAAAUAUAGAGAAUUGUGUAAAUAAUUAUAAAAAAAAUAAAACAAUAAAAAGACAACCUUC